AUGGCAUCUUUCAUUAACAACCGGCGUCUAGAGAACGGCAAUGUCAGCGAGAACAGCCCCCUCCUCAGGGAAAGUGAUACCAGCGGCAAGGCCAGACUCCAGGCCCGCGACGGGUCGGCCAGCGCCUGGGCCACCUUCGGGGUCGUCUGCACAGUCAUAUGGGUGCAAGCGCUGAUUCGCUGGUUUGCAUCGCCGACCGAAUUCAAGCCAGCGCCAAUCCUUGGACCGGACAAGAUAGCAACGUGGCGGCUUGUGGGAUUCCGCAUAUUCGAGGCGCUCAACUUGGCAGUUUUGCUGUUGCUGGUCUGGUUCUGUCUCCUCGUACCUGCAUUCCCGUACCUCCGCCGCUUCAAGAAGACAGACGAGGCGAGCCGGCUCGACAUGGACGGCAUGUCGGUCAUCGGGGGGUUCGUCGCCUGGGGCGCCGAUGGCCUGUUGAACCUAAAGGAGUACCUGUUCAUGUUUAACGCGCACGGAGUCAACAGAGGGGUGUGGAUUCGCUUCAUACCAUUUCAAUCGCCCAAGGCCGCCACCCGCUACGCCGAAGACCUCCUCAUCGGGCCAGCCAUGUAUGUCUACUUUUGCGAAGGAUUCGGCCUUCUCGGGACGUGGUUGGCAAAACCCAUUCGCCGCAGGUUUCCUAGCCUGACCAACGCUGGUGUGCUUGGGCUUGUCUGGCUUAUCGAGUUCGUCGCCGACUUCGUCAUUGAGAACUCAGCGAUCAGAUUGACCCACGUAUUUGGGUACACCAAGACAUACGGGCCGCUUACCCUGUUCCAAGGGGAGGUGCACCAGUUCCCCAUUUACGAGUCUGCGUUCGUCGCGAGCCUUGGUGUGGUGCACACAGCUAUGCGGAUCAAGUGGCUGGAUAAUGGCGUUUCACCUGUGGAGAGGGGAUACGAGGCGUGGGAUGAGAGGCUUCAUACCGCUGUCAGAACUUUUGCCGUGAUUGGCAUGUGUUGCGCUGCUGUUAUUAUGUUCUAUCAUCUCCCGCUUACUUGGCUUGGAAUGGUUGGGGACUGCCAUGCGCAUAUACCUAGCUACAUGCAGCCAGGGGAGUGGGCGAAUCGGCAAGACUGA